AUGGAGUUAUAUUUCAUAGAGAGUGGAUGUGAGGAUGUCAGCAUGCUGCAAGAGCGGCCGCUGGUGCCCAGAUUGUGGUUCCUGGGCUCUGUAAAUCUCUUUCCAUCCUUUCUCCCUGGGCCGUCCUGCCUGCUGCCGACGAAAGGAACAUCAUCCUUUGGAAAGCAUCACAAUAAGACGCACACUCUGUGCUGCUGCUAUGGCUCUAAGGCCUGCCACCUUCAGAAGUCGACCUGUGGCAAGUGUGGCUACCCGGCCAAGCACAAGAGAAAGUAUAACUGGAGUGCCAAGGCUAAGAGAUGGAACACUAUCGAGACUGGGCGGAUGAGGCACCUGAGAAUUGUCUAUCGAAGAUUCAGACAUGGAUUCCGUGAAGGGACAACACCUAAACCCAAGAGGGCAGCUGUUGCAGCAUCCAGUUCAUCCUGAGGAAUUUCAGUCAGUCAUAAAAUAAAUGUUCUGGUUUCA